AUGGAGACAUACCAGUUCUCCCAGGUCCACAAAGCCACAGCAGUGGCAUUUUCACCCGGAUCAACGUUUAUUGCAACAGCAGUUCAAGACCAAGUCAUUGUUCGCUCGUCCUCAAGUCUCCAGGCCGUCAAAACAUGGGUCUGUUCGCCUCCUCCUGAACCGGUGGCGUCUACCAGUCGACGAGCCGAAGCAGUCGCCACGGUGGACCAUCUCUCAUGGUCGUCUGGCGGGUCAAGGAUCCUGGCAUUCUCCACCAAGGGAUCCUGCGCUUGGGUCUUUGACCUGUCCGAGGCCGACGAAGUGUGCAGGCUCACGGGAGACCUCGUCAAGGUUGAGUGGGGAGGCGACGACGUGUUGUCUUGGUCGGAUAGGGGCCUUGCUAUUCAUGACUUGAGUACUGGAAGCAGCCGAUUUAUCCAGAGCAUUCAGACUGGAUCGUCCCAAGCUCACACCUGGUCACCUGAUCACCGAUACCUGGCCGUCCUGGAACGUCACUACGGCAAGGACUAUGUUGGGGUGUACGAUAGGGAGUCUCUCGCAAGGAACUUUCCGUUGCCGUCUGGUGAGCCGCGAGGAAUCGCGUGGAGUCCUUGCGGAAAGUGGCUGGCAGUGUGGGACUGGCACCUCUCAUACGCUAUCCACUUCUACUCUCCCGUCGGCGCCCAUCUUUCCACCUUCACCUCGACAACCGAGUACGACCACGCACCUGGCAUCCGCACCGUUGCAUGGGCACCCAACGGUCGACAUGUGGCAGUAGGCAGCACCGAGGGCAGUGUCACCGUCAUUGAGAGCGAGAGCUGGAAGUCCAUUGCCACCUUGAGGAUGUAUGGGCGUGACUCGCCGCCAACAUGGCACGAGCCGGCACCUACGGGCUCGCGAGCUGUGGGAAUCACACAGUUCUACUCUGGCCAGCCUGCUUCACAACACGGCCCGGUCACGGUGCUCGGGUUCAGCCCCGACGGCACGCUGCUGUUCUUUGGCCAAGAGAACCUCUUGCACAUCUACGAGUUCCUCGUGGACGCCACCUCGGCACACCCGGACAUGGCACCGGCAGCAAGCAUCUCGUUCAAUAACCAGCUCAAGGCCGUACAGUGCUGUCCGACCACGAACCGCCUCGCGAUGGUGACGCGUAACCGCUCUCUCUACCUGUGGGACAGACUGGGUGUGGAAGGCGUGGACAUUCCAGACAGUGCCGACUUUGUGGCGGUCGACGUGCAGUGGUCGCCGGAUGGCCACUCGGCGGUGGUGUGUGACAGACAGGCGUUCUGCAUCGUCUAUGAGGACGUGCCGGACGGGGACAAUCGAUGGGAGGAGGAAGGAGGGUUGUAG